UCUGACACCAUCUACAACAUCUGAAAUUUCAUCUACAACUAGUAUAUCUUCUGGCACAACACCUACUUCAACAGCCACUCCCAAUACUACAACUCCUCUGACACAAUCUACAACAUCAGAAAUGUCAUCUACAACAAGUACAACUUCUGGCACAACUCCUACUUCAACAUUUACAACCACAUCCAUAACUCCUCCGACGCCAUCUACAACAUCAGAAAUAUCCUCUACAACUAGUACUACUACUGGCACAACUCCUACUUCAACAUUUACAACCACAUCCAGUACUAAAACUCCUCUGACACCAUCUACAACAUCAGAAAUGUCAUCUACAACUAGUACAACUACUGGCACAACUUCUACUUCAACAUUUACAACCACAUCCGUUACUACAACUCCAACGCCAUCUACAACAUUAGAAAUAUCUUCUGGCACAACACCUACUUCAACAGCCACUCCCAAUACUACAACUACUAUGACACCAUCUACAGCAACUGAAAUAAAAUCCCCAACUAGUACAACUACUGGCACAACUCCUACUUCAACAAUUACAACCACAUCCAUAACUCCUCCGACGCCAUCUACAACAUCAGAAAUAUCCUCUACAACUAGUACUACUACUGGCACAACUCCUACUUCAACAUUUACAACCACAUCCAUAACUCCUCCGACGCCGUCCACAACAUCAGAAAUAUCAUCUACAACCAGUACAACUACUGGCACAACUCCUACUUCAACAUUUACAACCACAUCCAGUACUACAACUCCUCUGACACCAUCUACAACAUCUGAAAUUUCAUCUACAACUAGUAUAUCUUCUGGCACAACACCUACUUCAACAGCCACUCCCAAUACUACAACUCCUCUGACACAAUCUACAACAUCAGAAAUGUCAUCUACAACAAGUACAACUUCUGGCACAACUCCUACUUCAACAUUUACAACCACAUCCAUAACUCCUCCGACGCCAUCUACAACAUCAGAAAUAUCCUCUACAACUAGUACUACUACUGGCACAACUCCUACUUCAACAUUUACAACCACAUCCAGUACUAAAACUCCUCUGACACCAUCUACAACAUCAGAAAUGUCAUCUACAACUAGUACAACUACUGGCACAACUUCUACUUCAACAUUUACAACCACAUCCGUUACUACAACUCCAACGCCAUCUACAACAUUAGAAAUAUCUUCUGGCACAACACCUACUUCAACAGCCACUCCCAAUACUACAACUACUAUGACACCAUCUACAGCAACUGAAAUAAAAUCCCCAACUAGUACAACUACUGGCACAACUCCUACUUCAACAAUUACAACCACAACCAUUACUACGACUCCUUCGACGCCAUUGACAACAACAACAGAAAUAACAUCCACAAUAACAUCUUCUGGCACAACACCUACCUCAACAGCCACUCCCACAACUACUAUGACACCAUCUACAGCAACUAAAGUAAAAUCUACAACUAGUACAACUCCUCACACAACAUCUGCUUCAACAGCAGUUACAUCGCAUCCACCACCCAUAGUUCGAUGUUAUGAUUGUACAAUCAUAAAUGGAACCGCCAUGCCUGUUCGUCAGAAUUGUCUUCCACCACAAAACAUCACUUGUCAAAAUCACCAACCAAGUGUGCUUUUUGAGGAUGAUCACAAUUGUUGCCCUUAUUACGUCUGUGAUUGUAAGUACGCUCUUCUACUCAAGCUCUAA